AAACCUGGUGGUUUGGGUGUCACCCUGACAGCAGUGACAUCAGAUGCCCUCUGCAGUAUAAAACCCUGGUGAGGAGGCAGUGUCAUGUCAGAUGCCCUUGUGUGUUAGCAGUCUUUAGCUCGCUCAUCAUGCGUGAAAUUGUACAUCUACAGAUCGGACAGUGUGGAAAUCAGAUAGGCUCUAAGUUUUGGGAGGUGAUCAGCGAGGAGCAUGGAAUCAGUGCUACGGGAAUGUAUGAGGGGGAUGAUCCUCUUCAGCUGGAGAGGCUCAACGUCUAUUUCAACGAGGCAAAUGGUGGUAAAUAUGUUCCCCGGGGCCUGCUCCUUGACCUAGAACCAGGGACCAUGGACAGUGUCAGGGGUAGCCGCAUCGGAGCUCUCUUCAGGCCAGAUAACUUUAUACAUGGAAACUCUGGUGCUGGGAACAACUGGGCCAAGGGCCACUAUACAGAGGGAGCAGAGCUUGUGGACACCGUGAUUGACAGGGUGCGUCAGGAGAGCGAAGGAUGCGACUGCCUUCAGGGCUUCCAGUUUGUCCACUCCCUAGGUGGCGGGACGGGGUCCGGCAUGGGCACCCUCAUCAUCAACAAGAUCCGCGAGGAGUACCCCGAUCGCAUCAUGACCAGCUUCAGUGUCCUGCCCUCGCCCAAGGUGUCAGACGUCGUGGUGGAGCCCUACAAUGCCACGCUGUCCAUCCACCAGCUCCUAGAGAACACGGAUGAGACCUUCUGCAUUGACAACGAGGCUCUCUAUGACAUCUGCUUCCGGACGUUGAAGCUCACCAACCCGACCUACGGUGACCUGAACCACCUGGUGUGCAUGACCAUGAGCGGGGUCACGACCUCCCUGAGGUUCCCAGGUCAGCUCAACGCCGAUCUGAGGAAGUUAGCUGUCAACAUGGUGCCCUUUCCCCGCCUCCACUUCUUCAUGUCGGGCUUUGCACCUCUCACAGCUCGCGGCAGCCAGAAGUACCGCACCCUCUCCGUGCCCGAGCUCACCCAGCAGAUGUUUGAUGCCCGUAAUAUGAUGACCGCCUGCGAUCCCCGAAGAGGACGCUAUCUGACCGUGGCUGGGAUGUUCCGUGGCAAGAUGUCCACCAAGGAAGUGGACGAGCAGAUGCUGAUGAUGCAACAGAGGAACAGCAACUACUUUGUGGACUGGAUCCCUCACAACUGUAAAGUAUCCGUAUGUGACAUCCCACCUCGGGGGCUCACAAUGGCCUCCACCUUCAUUGGCAACAACACGGCCAUUCAGGAGAUCUUCCGUCGUGUAGGAGACCAGUUCUCGCUCAUGUUCAGGCGCAAGGCCUUCUUGCACUGGUACACUGGCGAGGGCAUGGACGAGAUGGAGUUCACAGAGGCAGAGAACAAUCUGAAUGACUUGGUGUCCGAGUACCAGCAGUACCAGGAUGCCACGGCUGACGAGGAGGGUUGGGGCCCCGAGGAGGUGGCUGGGGAAGAGUCGGCUUCACCAGCUGCAACGAGAGUUCAGAGUACGGAAGCUACGACGAUGGAGACUGUGACAGAGACUAUUGAAACCAUUGAGACUAUAGCUGAGUAGAUGAUAACAAGGGCCAAGGGUUUUUCCAGGUCAGGUCAUGAGGUCAGGAAAAACUUCUGGCCCUACUCUAGUAUUUGCUUCAUAGUGUCCAAAGGAGAUAUCAGCACAAUUGCCUGUUUAAUAAAAUGUACAGUGUGGUAAUAGAGAGCUGUAAUGUAGUGUCAAUUGUCUGCAUUUGUAUACUGAUGUAGGCCUAUUUUAUGUUUUUUAUGAAACUGAAUAGACCAGGAAAGAAUCUGUCUUACAAAUAUAGGUAACAUAUUCUGUCAAUGUUAUAAUGUAGACUAACAGAUUUCCCAAACUUGAUUGAGAUCCUAUGCAAAUUAAAAAAGCUGUAUUUAAAAGGGGAGUAUAAUGUUCUAUUUGUUAAUUAUUUUGUGCCUCAGCAAUUUUAGCAAUGUAUUCAGUGUGAUAUUGUGAACCAUUUGUAUUAUUAAAAUUCUCUAUUAUAACAA